AAUAGAGGUUAAAGAAAAGAAUGUCACUUGUUAAGAAAACAUUUAAUGGCGAUGUAUUUUAAUGGUGGAAUAUUGUGUAAAUGCCAUACGGUGCAUAUUCUAAUAUAAGUGAAGAAUGGGUUUAUUGUUAAACCAUAUAAUUUACGAAGAUCAGAUUGGAAAACUAGACCCAUUAUGAAGUGUUGAUAAUCGGACUUGCUAUUUAAUUGUAAAAUCAAAAAUCGAUUCUAUAUCAUAUUUAAGUAUAUAUAAGUGCACGACCUGUGGCUUUAUAAUACCAUAUCGUUCUUAUAUCUUAUAAUCAAUUCAAAAGUUAUAGCGCAGACGACAAUAAAUCUUCAUCAUGAUUAGGAUUUGGCAAUCGAUGUGUAGUUUAAAAUCUCAGAGAAAGUAUCUAUUUUACAUAUGUGUUUUAUGCCUUGGUGUGUUAACCUUACAAGUCUCGCUAUUCUGCGAAAUCAAUGCUAAUUAUGAUAAAAAACGAAUUGAAAAAAGAAGGUAUGGACUUAUGCAGGGAUAUUUAAAACCAGAGUCAAGGUCAGUGAUAAAUGUUGAUUUUACUGUGAAUAAUGUCCUUGAUCAUAUGACAAAUGUCCGGCGCGGAUAUUUUGGGAAUGAAAAUUUUACAGACAAAAUGUCGGACUUUGUUAAGAACUACACUCUUCAAAUUCAUAAACAAGAGCUUUUGCGAGUAAUCGUGAUGCCACAUUCGCACAACGACCCCGGUUUUAAGAAGACCUAUUCAGAACACCCCGACCAAUCAACAGAUACUAUUUUGUCAUUAGCCGUCGAGAAACUGUUUCAAUACCCUGACAUGGCGUUUGUCUGGCCAGAAACUUGCUUUAUUCAAAGAUGGUGGAAAAAUCAAAAUGAUACAACCAGGAAUAAGUUAAAACAAUUAGUAAAAUCAGGCCGUCUGGAAAUUACUUCCGGCGCUUGGGUCACACCGGAUGAAGCUACGCCGCACUAUUUUGCGUACUUAGAUCAGCUGAUUGAAGGUCAUUUUUGGGUCAAGCAGCAUCUAGAUGUAACACCAGUUGCAUCUCUUGACAUGGACCAGUUUGGCUAUUCUUCAACUGCAAGAUAUUUAUUGAAAAAGGCAGGAAUAAAAUAUUCUGUGGUUAAACGAGUUCACAUGGGAAUGAAAGAAUAUCUUAUGAAAACGAGGUUGAUGAAUUUCUACAUGAAAACUCCAUUUGAUUUAUAUGAACAAGGAAUUUUCACACAGGUUGAACCAUACGAAUGGCUAAGUUUUCCUGACAGUUGUGGCCCAUCUAGAGAUAUAUGUGCUGAUCUUGAUUUUGGACAUGACGUCACACUUCCGGAUCCGGGUACACCGGAAGCAAACAAACCAAUAAGGCUUUUAAAUCACCAUUACAGAAGCCUUUCAUCGUUCGCAGACAAAGUUGUGCAACAACUGAAACGUAAAAGUAGAUCGUUUCUGCAUAAUGUUUUGCUUCUACCACAUGGCGAUGAUCUAAGGUAUGGGACAGGUUAUGAAUGGGACAAUCAGUAUCGCAACAUGAAGAUUCUGAUACAAUACAUUAAUUCUAAUCAAAACUACAACGUCAGAAUGAAGUUUGGUACCCUGAAAGAUUUCUUUACCGAGUUAGAAGAACGAUCAGAGGUCAACUUCAAGUUCCCGGUUGUUAGUGGAGAUUUUUUCCCAUUUACAACCGGCAACGAGUACUGGAGUGGAUUUUUCACAACGAGGCAAUAUUUGAAAAGACUCGGUCGCGAACUUCAGGAGUCUGUUCGUGCAGCCGACAUUCUAGCUGCUUUGGUUAUUUUAAGCGGACAUGUUCAUGAGAUGUCGCGUGAAAUUCUGACUUCAGUAUUAGAACAACUGGUAGGUGCUAGAAGAGAACUUAGUGCGUUUCAACAUCAUGACGCUAUAACCGGCACGUCACGCACACAUGUCGUGAAAGGUUAUGAAAAUAAGUUGUCGUCUGCUUUGUCUGUGACGCAGCAGAUCAUGGCGUUCUUAAUAGAAGUAAUUCUUUUCAACGCUUGUAGUUUUAGGGAUAAAGAGAAUACUAGAUGUGGAUAUCAGAAGGAAAAUAGAAUGAAAGACGGCAAUACUCUAAGAACAUCUGUAUAUGUUUUUCCCGCGUCUGUUCAAAAAGUGUCGGAUGUUGAACUUGCAUUUAAUUCAAAGACAGACUAUAGUUUAGUUUUAUACAAUGAUUUUACUCAGGAAAGAGACGAAAUUGUGGAGUUUUUAUUUUCUAGUCCAUAUAUAUCAAUAUCGGAUUAUACAUCAGGGAAAAACUAUAGCUUUGAUUAUCUCUGGCAAGGUGAAAUGGUGCAUAUAUUCUUCAAAACAAGUUUACUUCCUUUAAGUAUAACUACAUUCAAAAUUUUAAAAUCACAUCAAACAUUUUUAGGAAAAUCUAUGAACAUAAAUCAUUUUGAUGUAAGUGAUACAAACUUUACUCUCUGUGAGAACAGUCAAGUGAAUGUCACGUUUUCUUUAUCUGACGGUUCACCGCAGGAAAUUUGUUACAAAAUAGAAAAUUUCUGUGAAAAAAUAAGAAUUGAUUGGAGACAUUACCGACAAAGUGGCGGAGCAUAUUCUUUGUCUUUGAGUAACGAAAGUGUAAAUUUGUUAAAAUCGAAUUUAAAAGUGCGCAUGAUAUCUGGAAGCAAGCAAUGCACUGUUGAGGUUUCGCAUGACACGAUUAAAAUUGAAUAUGUUCUGAAAAAUACUAUCGGUCUAAAUGGCCGAUAUUUACAAGUGAAUGUUCACACUGAUCUGUCGCGAGCCAACGCAGGAUAUUUUGUUGGAGAAAUUUCAAUGAGAGUUGUCACUACCAUCAACAAUAGCGAUAUAUUUUACACAGAUUCAAACAGUUUACAACUUCUAGAACGGAAAUACAGAAAAACCAUGCCGUUCUCAUCAAACGUUUAUCCAAUUUCGUCAAUGGCCGCCAUUAAAGAUGGUUCCCGUAUUUUAAAUAUACACACAUCUCAGCCUCAUGGAGCAGUAUCAUGGGAACCAGGUAUUGUAGAUCUAUUUAUAGACAGAGUGGCGCUAAAAGCGGAAUAUGGCCUUUGGCACGAAGUGAAGGACAACAAAUUUACGUCAACAAAACUAUAUCUUCAGUUCGAAUCGUGUACAAAUUCAAAUUCUGAUUCAAAAUCGGAGAAUUUCGUACCAUCUUUUGAAAGCUUGAUAAUAAACGAUUUAGUUCAACAUCCAUUAAAAAGCUUCUUUUCUAUAAAGGAUGUACCCCUAGAAAAAACCUCAGUUGGAUUUUUACAAAGCAGUUUACCAUGUGAUAUUACAAUAGCUAAUAUGAAGUGUUUAUGCCAAGAUAAUUUUGACCUUGAGGGUGUUUCGUUGACCUUGUUUCGUAGGUUGGCAACGCGUUGUGAUACUAUACCAACAAAAUGUGGCAUUCCGGCGAAAUAUACAAUGAUUAGUCCAGACUCAUUAUUUAUCAACAAUCCGGGUAAAAACUUCACAGUAAAAGAGAUGUCUUUGACGCAUCUGAAAGUGAAGAAAUCUCUAACUCAGUACGAAAUUGUUCCAUUCGAAGAAAUGGAUUUAAAGACAUUUUUAUUUGUAAAAAAUCCUCGUGUUAAAAUGAAGAGAGAACGAAACAAAACAAAUAUAUUUGUAUAGCCUGACAUACAUUUUAUUAUACUAUAUUUUUUUAAAUAGGUGCUGUUUUAGAUUAAGAGAUUGAUAUAACAGAUGGAUAAGAAGCUUUUACAGAAGACAAUGUUGAGAUUGACGACCAGAAUCCUUUGCGUGAGCUUAUCUGGCGUUUGGUGUUGUUCGAUUUCCGCCAUCUUGUUUUAAUGUGGCAAACAUUUUGAAGAUUUGUGUUAUUGAAGGAGUUUCGAUAUUUUUGAUUUUACAAACGUAUAGAUGCAAAAAAGUAUAAGUCAUUUUACUUUUAAGUUUCGCCGCAAAUUAAAAAUGGCGGAAUAGAGAAAUAGAGCAGAGAAUAUGAGUUCGCUUUAAAAUACUUUACCAGAUUUAUACUGACGUCACAGCUUUGUCUUCUAUGGCUUAAAAUAAACAAAAAGUGAACACUCCCUCUGUACCUUUCUAACUAAAGUUCAAGCCAAAGGUUUCUUAUGUACACUACUAAAACACAAACAAACAAAGAAACAAAACAUAUAGUCCAACACAUUUUGCCUCUUUGGUAUAAUUAAAAUGUAUUUUAUUGUUUGAUUCAUGUGAAAUUUCGUAUCAAUUUGUCACCUUCUAUGAAUUGACCAAAACAAACUACAACGUCAAAUACUAGAUCGUAGUUUAUCGUAUAUGUUGCAAUUGCCCAAGAAAAAUACUCUUGAUAUAAUAUCAAUCUAAUAAAAGGCGUUUCUUCUCUCAAACAUAUUUAUGUAGCUGAUCUUAACAUAAUCCUGUGAUCUUAAAAGAUAAUUUAUCAAGUAUGAACUUUUAAAGGCAAGUAAGCAUGGAUAUCGGUAUAACCGAUGGAUGAAACACCUUUUUCUCAACGCCAAAUCAACAUGAAACCAAACGCCAAAUCAACAUGAAACUAAACUUAAUCAACAUGAAACUAAACCUAGGGAAAGUUGUACUUGCCUGGUACGAACAUACCAAAAUAAUAUACCAGUCAAUAAAAGAAGGUACUUUGUGACUUUGUAAACUGACGUCGAAUAAAGAGAUAAAGUUAACAUAAAAAUUGUUAAAAAAGAUUCCGAAAACAACAAUGCAAAUAGGUUAAAUAAAAAUGGCUUCUUUCAUUGUGAUAUCGGUGAAGGGUUGUCAUAUUUUACCAGAUUAUCUUUUAUUCGUAUGUUUGCAGAUAAAUAACCAUGAAUGAACCAUGAAUGAUACAUUUCUAAAUGUUCUUUGUAACAAAA